CCUUCAAUAAAGUGCCAACAUGGCUUCAUCAGACUCAGAGAUGGCUGUCUUUGGGGAGGCAGCUCCCUACCUCCGAAAGUCAGAGAAGGAAAGAAUCGAGGCCCAGAACAAACCUUUUGAUGCCAAGUCAUCUGUCUUUGUGGCCCAUCCAAAAGAAUCCUUUGUGAAAGGGACAAUCCAAAGCAGGGAAACAGGGAAGGUCACCGUCAAGACUGAAGCGGGAGAGACUCUGACUGUGAAGGAAGAUCAGGUCUUCUCCAUGAACCCUCCCAAGUAUGAUAAAAUUGAGGACAUGGCCAUGAUGACCCACCUCCACGAGCCCGCUGUGCUGUACAACCUCAAAGAGCGUUAUGCAGCCUGGAUGAUCUACACCUACUCGGGCCUCUUCUGUGUCACUGUCAACCCCUACAAGUGGCUGCCGGUGUACAACCCGGAGGUGGUGUUGGCCUACCGAGGCAAAAAGCGCCAGGAGGCCCCUCCACACAUCUUCUCCAUCUCUGAUAACGCCUAUCAGUUCAUGCUGACUGACCGUGAGAAUCAGUCGAUCCUGAUCACCGGAGAAUCCGGAGCAGGGAAGACUGUGAACACGAAACGUGUCAUCCAGUACUUUGCAACAAUUGCAGCUAGUGGGGAGAAGAAGAAGGAGGAGCAGUCCGGCAAAAUGCAGGGAACACUUGAGGAUCAAAUCAUCAGUGCCAACCCGCUGCUGGAGGCCUUUGGAAAUGCCAAGACUGUGAGAAACGACAACUCCUCACGCUUUGGUAAAUUCAUCAGAAUCCAUUUUGGGGCCACAGGCAAACUGGCUUCUGCUGACAUUGAAACUUAUCUGCUGGAGAAGUCCAGAGUCACUUUCCAGCUCAAAGCAGAAAGAAGCUACCACAUCUUUUAUCAGAUCAUGUCCAACAAGAAACCAGAGCUAAUUGACAUGCUUCUUAUUACCACCAACCCAUAUGAUUACCACUUUGUGAGUCAAGGUGAGAUUACUGUUCCCAGCAUUGAUGACCAAGAGGAGCUUAUGGCUACAGAUAGUGCCAUUGACAUCCUGGGCUUCACUGCUGAUGAAAAGACUGCCAUCUACAAGCUGACAGGAGCUGUCAUGCACUAUGGGAAUUUGAAGUUCAAGCAGAAACAGCGAGAGGAGCAGGCAGAGCCAGAUGGCACAGAAGUUGCAGACAAGGCUGCCUACCUGAUGGGUCUGAACUCAGCAGACCUGCUCAAAGCAUUGUGUUACCCUCGAGUCAAAGUUGGGAAUGAGUAUGUGACCAAAGGUCAGACUGUACAACAGGUGCACAAUGCUGUAGGUGCUCUGGCAAAGGCUGUCUAUGAGAAGAUGUUCCUGUGGAUGGUUGUUCGCAUCAAUCAGCAGCUGGAUACCAAGCAGCCCAGGCAGUACUUCAUUGGUGUCCUGGACAUCGCUGGCUUUGAGAUCUUUGAUUUCAACAGCUUUGAGCAGCUGUGCAUCAACUUCACCAAUGAGAAACUGCAACAGUUCUUCAACCACCACAUGUUUGUGCUGGAGCAAGAGGAGUACAAAAAAGAAGGCAUUGAAUGGACAUUCAUUGACUUUGGGAUGGACCUGGCUGCCUGCAUCGAGCUCAUUGAGAAGCCCAUGGGCAUCUUCUCCAUCCUGGAAGAGGAGUGCAUGUUCCCCAAGGCAACUGACACCUCUUUCAAGAACAAGCUCUAUGACCAGCAUCUGGGCAAGUCCAGCAACUUCCAGAAACCCAAGCCUGCCAAAGGCAAGGCUGAGGCCCACUUCUCCCUGGUGCACUAUGCUGGCACAGUGGACUACAACAUCACUGGCUGGCUUGAGAAGAACAAGGACCCCCUGAAUGAAACUGUCAUUGGGCUGUACCAGAAAUCAUCUGUGAAGACACUGGCAUUACUGUUUGCCACCUAUGGUGGAGCAGAUGCAGAGGGUGGUGGAGGCAAAAAGGGUGGCAAGAAGAAGGGUUCUUCUUUCCAAACUGUUUCAGCUCUUUUCCGGGAGAACUUAAACAAGCUGAUGACAAAUCUACGGAGUACUCACCCCCAUUUUGUCCGCUGCAUCAUUCCAAAUGAAACAAAAACACCUGGUGCCAUGGAGCAUGAACUUGUACUGCACCAGCUGCGCUGUAACGGCGUGCUGGAAGGGAUCAGGAUUUGCAGGAAAGGCUUCCCCAGCAGAGUCCUCUAUGCAGACUUCAAACAGAGGUACAAGGUUCUUAAUGCCAGUGCCAUCCCUGAGGGACAGUUCAUUGACAGCAAGAAAGCUUCUGAGAAACUGCUUUCAUCUAUUGAUGUGGACCACACCCAGUACAAAUUUGGUCACACCAAGGUGUUCUUCAAAGCUGGGCUGCUGGGACUCCUGGAGGAGAUGAGGGAUGAGAAGCUGGCACAGCUCAUCACGCGCACACAGGCCAGGUGCAGGGGCUUCCUGAUGAGAGUGGAGUACCACAGAAUGGUGGAGAGGAGGGAGUCCAUCUUCUGCAUCCAGUACAAUGUUCGUGCAUUCAUGAAUGUCAAGCACUGGCCUUGGAUGAAGCUGUUCUUCAAGAUCAAGCCCCUGCUGAAGAGCGCAGAGUCUGAGAAAGAAAUGGCCAACAUGAAGGAAGAGUUUGAGAAGACCAAGGAAGAGCUGAUCGACAACCUGCAACGAGUCAAGCAGAAGCUGGAGAAGGAGAAGAGUGAGCUGAAGAUGGAGAUUGAUGACUUGGCCAGCAACAUGGAAUCUGUCUCCAAAGCUAAGGCAAAUCUGGAGAAGAUGUGCCGCACACUGGAAGAUCAGCUGAGUGAGAUUAAGACAAAGGAGGAGGAGCAUCAGCGCAUGAUCAAUGACCUGAAUACUCAAAGAGCUCGUCUGCAGACAGAAGCAGGUGAAUAUUCACGGCAGGUGGAAGAAAAAGAUGCUUUGAUAUCUCAGUUAUCAAGAGGCAAACAGGCAUUUACUCAACAGAUUGAGGAACUAAAGAGACAUCUAGAGGAAGAAAUAAAGGCCAAGAACGCCCUGGCCCAUGGUUUGCAGUCUGCUCGCCAUGACUGUGACUUGCUCCGGGAACAAUAUGAGGAGGAGCAGGAAGCCAAGGGUGAGCUGCAGCGUGCCCUGUCCAAGGCCAACAGCGAAGUGGCCCAGUGGAGAACNAAGAAAUGUUACAAAAGACUAAUCAUUCACUUAGAAAUUGGGAAAUACAUCUUCAAAUUUCCACAUAAUUUGAGAAGAUAUAGACACAGAGAAGCAGAUAGCUUGGCUGAUGCCGAGGAAAGAUGUGACCAGCUCAUCAAAACCAAAAUCCAGCUGGAAGCCAAAAUUAAGGAAGUGACAGAAAGGGCUGAGGAUGAAGAGGAAAUUAAUGCUGAACUGACAGCCAAGAAGAGGAAACUGGAGGAUGAAUGCUCAGAGCUGAAGAAAGAUAUAGAUGACCUGGAGUUAACAUUGGCCAAGUCUGAAGAAGACCGGAAGAACAUUCUUAGACUCCAGGAUCUGGUGGACAAACUGCAGAUGAAAGUGAAAUCCUACAAGAGACAAGCUGAGGAGGCUGAGGAGCUGUCCAACGUCAACCUCUCCAAAUUCCGCAAGAUCCAGCAUGAGCUGGAGGAAGCUGAGGAGCGGGCUGACAUUGCAGAGUCACAGGUCAACAAGCUCAGAGUGAAGAGCCGGGAAUUCCACAGUAAGAAGAUAGAAGAGUGAAGAUACUAUGAGGCAGCAAAGCGGCCUGAGGAAUGCACAAAAUGUGAACCCUCUGUCGCUUUCUUUUGCAAUG